GAGGGGAGCGCUAGUGUCCGCGGAUGGGUGCCGGUCUCAGUGCUAUUGUGCGCAUGGACUCAGAGUGUGUGUGAGCGUGGAGAACUCAGCUGAUUUGUCUCCAGCAGCACUGCAGUGCUCCUGUGGAUCUGUAGAGCAGCCUCAGAAGAAGAAAACUCCGCCUCCUCUCAGGCCAUGCCCCGCCCAGCACACACCGAGGCCACGCCCCACUCCCUCAGCCACGCCCAGAGCACAGAAACCCCACGUGCCCCCUAAGCCUGUGCACCUGCUUGGUCCUGUCCCUCCAGUGCCCCGCCGACCCCUGCCCAGUCCCCCUCUGAGAGCCAGAGUCCCGUCUGCAGGGCCCAUCCACCGCUCCAGGUUUCCGAUUCUGGGCCUCCAGAGGAGGAGCGACCUCCAUUGGGGAGCCAACAUGGAUGCUCCAGCCUCUCGAGACGCCAGCGAUCAUCCUCAGCUCAGCAAGACACCAGCGGCAGCAGCGCUGGAGAAAGAUGAUGCACUUUUGUUUAAAACAUGUGAAAUCUCUGAGCUUUUGGGAUUGUCCAGCUUAAACUCCUUCCAGACGGACUCUGCUAGUGACGCGGAGAUUACAGAGGAACUUCAGAAAGAGCAUCAGAAACAGUGCAGCAGUGGUUUGGAGAGUAAUCGCAGUGACUCAGACGGAGAGCGUCACGAGGGGAGCAGUAAACACGCCGACGGCGAGGAGGCAAGGUCGCAGGGUCACGAGGGGACGGAGGCCAGCGGAAAGAUCCCCAACCGGGAUAGCGGCAUCGACAGUCCGUCCUGCGGAGCGGAGGCAGAGGGCUUCCCCAGCGAGGACAGGAGUGCCAGCCUGGCCACAGAGACCAUCGCCGGAGACAAGCGGGACUCCACGCAGGACGAGGACAGCGACCUGGACGAGGGGAGCGGCGAGGAUCCCGAGAGCCUGGAGAUCAAGUCGCAGAAGCUGUUGAACAUCGCUAAAGAGUUGCUCCAGACAGAAGAAGCGUAUGUGAAAAGACUCAACCUGCUGGACCAGGUGUUUUGUGCUCGUCUGACGGAGGCUGGCAUCCCUGCUGAGGUCAUCACAGGAAUCUUCUCCAACAUCUCCAGCAUCUACCUCUUCCACCACCAGUUCCUGCUGCCUGAACUACAGACACGCAUCACACAGGAGUGGUGAGCA